AUGGAAAACCCGGAAUCUCCCUCCGGCGCUGUAAGACUGGCUUGUCCGUUUUUGAAGAGGAAUCCUCUCAGGCCACCGAAAGCAGCAUCGUGUUAUUUUCCGGGGUUCAGUUCCAUAGCUCGGUUGAAGGAGCACAUCUACAGAGAGCACAGUGCGCCAAAUCGCUGUGGUCGCUGUUUCCAGAAAUUCGGGAAAAAGGCUGCCCUCCACGAACACCUGAGAGAGAACCGGAGAUGUGAGAAGCGUCAAGAAGACCCGGAACUCCAGAUCAUCACCGACGACCAAGAAGCUUCGUUGCGGUCCAAGAAAAGGUCCAGAGGCCUUGAUUCCGAGGAAGACAAAUGGCAACGGGUGUUCCUCAUCCUUUUCCCAGAGGCCCAUGAGGCGAGCAUACCGGACCCUUACUGCCAAUACCCACAGCCGUUACCAGAAUCCCAGCUUUUAUCACGCUUCCAACAGUUCAGCAGAGACAGACUGCCUCUGCUUCUGGAUCGUGAGCUCGAACUGGCCACACAAGGUUCUCCCGGAGGUUUGGCGGACCUCACAAACGCGCAGGUCCUAGAAGCCGUUCGUGUAUCCCAAGAGAAGUUGUUCACCCUGUUCGGCCGGAAUGGCAAUUCAUCUUCCAUCGACGAAGACAGCCCAGGGUUUCCAGUGCCGACUUUGCAGCACAAUGCUGAACAAGGUCCGCUUCAUCAGCCACCCGCUGCCACGGUACCGGGUACGAUGUUGACGAGCUCAGAAGGUGUGCCUGGGGCCGAUGCUCUCUCCGCUGAAGCCCUUGAAAGUGCCAUAUCGACAUAUCAGAACGCUCAUGGCUUCAACCAGAACAAUGGCCAUGAGAACUGGGUUGUUCCAGACCAUGUCCUUGACUGCGAUUCUCAUUCACCUGGAGAAAGCGCGUUUGGAUGGGAAGACUAUGCGCAGUAUUUCGGAGAAGGUUGGGGUUGUUGA